GCACAGCCGGGCCCAGGUGCUGCUCCUAUAACGCCUCGGCGUCGGGCGCUGUGGUCCUUAGAAAGCGCCUGGGGCUAUGCCCUGUUGACAUCGGCUUCAGUCAGCUCACUCGCUCCCAGCCAGCCGCCCACUUCCACCCUAGAACAGAGCAAGAGGACACAACGGCGGCUCCCCUCUCCCCCUCUCAAAUCUCCAUCAAAAUCGACCAGGUCUGAAGAAUUUUUCCGUGGAUUUCCUCCCCCAUCUAUCCAUAAAGGAUGACACUUCUCAGUGAGCAUUACGAUAAGAAUCACCAUGGGCGACUUAUGGCGGAGGACAGGCAGGUCUUUUUUCCACUACGCUUGAGGGCUCACGAAGCUUCAUCCAAUAAGAUGAAAUACGAUGAGCGGUACACACAGUACAUCGAGAGGAUAGGACUCCUUCCAUUCAACAAGCUUGUCACUCAGUUGACGCCAAACAUGAACCCUUGUGCUAUCACUGCGCUUGUUGACCGCUGGAGGCCGGAGACACACAGUUUUCACCUCCGAACUGGGGAGAUGACCGUGACUCUCCAGGAUGUUUCGAUGAUCCUUGCACUUCCCAUCGAGGGAAUUCCUGUCUGUUUUAGCACUGAUGGUGCUAACUGGCGCGAUAGGAUGUUUGACCUUAUCGGUGCGGUUCCUGCGGUGCCGGAUGACCCAACUAAAUACAGAGUCCCCGCUGGCGCAACUUAUGUUUGGAUCGUAGAACAUUUUAGCCAGUGCCCCGACGAUGCUAGUGAGGAAAUGGUCCAACAGUAUACACGUGCAUACUUGUGGUAUGUGAUCUCAAGGACUCUUUUUGCUGACGGUGGUGGCAGGACUGCUCCAUGGAUGUGGCUGAAGGCGUUAUCUAGUUGGGAUAGUAAACAGAGCUGGGGUUUAGCGGCACUGGCCUACUUGUACCGUCAGUUGGAUGAGGCGUGUUGUAGGCACAAAGAUGAUGCCAGCAUUGGUGGUCCGUUGGUCCUACUUUCGGUUUGGAUGAUGGAACACUUUUCAGUUGGACGGCCGAAAGUGAUCCGUUACGACGCUUGGGACGAUCAUGAUAACCCGCUACGGCAGCCUACAUGGGCGUACAAGUGGUACAAGGUUUCGGAGUUCAAUGGCAACCAAAAGAGAAUGUACAUAGACUACACCAAUGAGUUUGACGCGCUAACAGCCGAGGAGGUAAUAACUGCCAUGUCAAAAAUAGUUAUCAUUUGCUUGGUUCCAUUGAUAUGCAUAUUUCUUUUUUUCUCAGCAUUAUUUUCAUGUCUUGCAUAGCAAUUUUUUCUAUUGGCUCCCUGCUUGUACUAUGUUUCAGGUGACAUGGCAGCCAUAUGGACCGCAGGACAAUUUCGCUUUCAUCCCCGAUUUCUAGUUGAACCCGGAAUGCACAGAGGAAUCACAUCUUUGGCAGAUGCGGUGCCCAUUGAUAUGCUUAUAUGCAGUCGAGCACCACCUUCCACAAUGUGUGAUGACUCAAUUUGGAUUAUUUCAGGAUACACCACCAGAGUGGAAGGACACGAAUAUCGUGCUUCACGGCUUGGACAAAAUGAAGGAGAAGAAGAUCAAGAACUGGUUGUCAUAUCAUGAAAAGUACAUCAAGAAGGGGAAUUACUUGGUGAAGGUGGCUAAUAAUAACAGACAAGUACAUCACCAAGUGCACGAUGAAGCUGCAUUUUACAAAUAUCUUCAAUGGUUUCUUAGCGAGUCUCGUGUGGAGUUAUGCCUGCCGGCUUAUGAUGAGAGAAUAUUGGAGGUGCCCACAUGUUUCGAAGAGGCUGCCAACCUCAACUACAACAGGCUCAUCAGAGAGGGCAUACAAACCGGAUUUGCUCCUAUGAUCAACUUUAUGCGCACUGAGAUCUCGCGCCAGGUUAGUGAAGCCGAUCAAGCACUCGCACAACCUCGGGGUGGGAAUCUGAGAAUGCCCUUAGAGAGUUUAUUAAGCGUAGCGCUACUCGGUUACGUUCCAUAGCUCAUCUUCUUGGUUGCCGUACCGUCGAGGCCGGCAUGCCCACAGAGUCUAGUUCCACUUCUUCUGAAGAGGAGGCGCCCGACGAGAUUGCCCUGAGGGGGUUUAUCAAUGAUGCACCUCAGCCUAGUCAGCCUAUUGAGCGGCGCCACUUCAACUUAAAGCCUAGGAAGACCUUCAACCGUUAUACACCGGAGGCAUGUGGAACAAGAAACAAAAGAGGACCGUUGACAACUCCGUUGUCGAGUCCGAGUACGAGUUUGAGGACUAGGAGGAGCUGGCGCCGAAGAAGGUUCUGAGGAGGUUGGAGAGGGCCAGGGAAGAGCCGGGGAUGAAGAAGGAUGUGAAGUGGGCGAGGGGGAAGAAGUAGAUGUAUUUGUGAACUUGUGAACUAAUUGAACUUGUCACUUUAGUUAGCUUCUAGCUGUGAACUUCUCGUAAUUGUAGACUUGUUGUCUUUUUGGCUGUGAAGUUUCUGUAAUCUGAAAUGAACUUGUCACUUUAGUUAGCUAGCUCUGAACUUCUCGUAAUUGUAGACUUGUGAACUUUUUGUAAUGUGAAAUUCUUGUAAUUAUUCUUUGUCAUUGUUGUAAACUUACCAAAUACCUGCCAAAGUUUUCUGGCAAGCAUAGUGCCUUCCAACGGGGCACUAUGAACUAGACACUUAAUGGAAAUUUUUUGAGGUGUA